AUGAUGGGGUGCCUGGAUUAUUUCUGGGAGUUCUGGAACUACGAGACUCCCAAGGUGAUUGUGGUGAAGAACAGGAACCUUGGGGUCAUCUAUAGACUUGUUCAGCUCCUCAUCCUGGUCUAUUUCAUCUGGUAAGUCUGGGCUGUCUAUGGGAAGUGGUGCAAUCCGGUGAUUUUUUUUGAGACUCAGAACUGAGCAUUUGGAUAGAGCUCAGUUGGUGCCGACAGUGCUCCCCCCCAAAAAAAAUGUUUAGGGGUACUCCUCUCAUUUUGACUCCAGAAAAUCACAAUUUUAUAGUUCAAAUCGGGGAAAAUAAAUACAAUAAAUGGAAAAAAGUGCAAAGAUUCACAAAAUGUUUUGGGUAUGCAUACCUAUGCGCCCCCCCCCGAAAAAAAAAAGCACUGAGUGCCAUAACACCAAGGUUGCAGGUUUGAUCCCAGCUGCAUAUUCUUGCAUUGCCGACGAUUUGGCUUGAAGAUUCUCAGGGUCCUUUUCAACUCUACAGUUCUAGGAUCAGAACUGAAUGGGGUGGCCAGUGAUGGGAAAAUAUAUUUUCUGUUAACUUUCUUAUAAAUGUGGGAAGUGAGCCCUGCUGCAUUUUGCGUGAGGAGGGGCAGUGACUUUUGCUUGUCUUGCUUAGUGGGCUCCUAUAUGUGCUUUUUAACUUGUUCAUCGAUUAAUCUAGAAUUAGGGGUGAGCAGUGAGGUGGGGGCGUUUGCUGAUGAUACUAAAUCGUUCAAGGUUGUUAGAAGAAAGAGAGAUUGCUGAGAGCACCAAAAGGACCUCUCUCCAAACUGAGCGAACGGGCAGUAAAAUGGCAAAUACAAUUCAGUGUCAUCAAAUUAAAGUCAGGGCAAAAAAACAAUAAUCUUAAUUUCAUAUAGAUACUCAUGGGAUCUGAACUGGCAGCGACAGACUGGGGAGGAGAGUUUGGGAUUGUACCAGAUAUCUUGGGGAAUAUGUCAACCUAGUGUGUGGUUUUGCUGUGAAAUGGGCAAAGUCCAUGCUACAGAUAAUUCGGAAAGGAAUCGAAAAUAAAACUGUCAGUAUCAUAAUCAGUGCUAUUUUUCUAGAAAUAGAGGGGCCGGAACUCACCAUGAAUGCCUCCCUUGUUCUCUUAUACAGUGGUACCUUGGGUUACAGACGCUUCAGGUUACAAACGCUUCAGGUUACAGACUCCGCAAACCCAGAAAUAGUACCUCGGGUUAAGAACUUUGCUUCAGGAUGAGAACAGAAAUCGUGCUCUGGCGGCGUAGCGGCAGUGGGAGGCCCCAUUAGCUAAAGUGGUGCUUCAGGUUAAGAACAGUUUCAGGUUAAGAAUGGUCCUCCAGAACGAAUUAAGUUCUUAACCCGAGGUACCACUGUAAUGGCAACGGCGCCCUCCUGAGUGGUGCUAGAAUGGGAUAAAAAAGCCCCGUUGAUACAAAUUGAUGGUGUGUGACCACAUUUAGAGUACAGUUCUGGUCACCACACCUCGGAAGGGCUAUUGUAGAAUUGGAAAAGGAGAAUCAAAGAGAUCAAGGUAAUGAUGGACUGACUACAGACAAGGAGAGGUUGUAGUGUUUGGGACUUUUUAGUUUAGAGAGCAGGCGAGUAAGUGGCCACAUGGUAGAAAUUUUUAAAAAUUAUGCAUGGCAUAAUCUUCUUCUUCUUCUUCUUCUUCUUCUUCAUCAUCAUCAUCUUAUUAUUAUUAUUAUUAUUAUUAUUAUUAUUAAUACCCCACCCAUCUGGCUGGGUUUCCCCAGCCACUCUGGGCAGCUCCCAACAGAAUAUUAAAAACACGAUAAAACAUAAAACUUUAAAAACUUCCCUAAACAGGGUUGUCUUCAGAUGUCUUCUAAAAGUUAGAUAGUUGUUUAUUUCCUUGACAUCUGAUGGAGAGGAUGGAUAGAGAGAAUCUUUCCUCCCUCUCUCAGAACACUAGAACUAGUGGACAUCCCCUUUGUUGGAAGAUUCUGGAGAGAUAAAAUGAAGUGCUUCACACAAUGCAUAGUUCAACUUUGGAACUCACUGCCACAGGAGGCAGCGAUGGCCACUGACUGGAGGAUUGGACAAAUUCAGGGAGGAGAGGGCUAUCGAUGGCUGUUAGCAAUGAUGGCUAUGCUCUGUCUCCACAGCUGGAGGCAGCAGUGCUUCUGAAUCCCAGUUGCUGGGAACCAUAGGUGGGGAAAAUGUUGCUCUUAUGCUCAGGUCCUCCGUGUGGGGUUUCCCCCAGGCAUCUCGGCGGCCACUGUGAGAGCAGGAGGCUGGAGUAGGUGGGCCAGUGACCUGACCCACCAGGCUGUCCUUAUGUUGUUAAUACAAGGUUUUAGUCUUUCAGGUGUUCUAGGAAAAAACUGCUCCUUUUCCCUUAUGGGGUAUCCAGGAGCCCGUUAUAGAGUCCUUAAGUGGGUUCCCUCUCGGUAGGAGAAAGUAACAGAGGCCAACCAGAGAAUACUGAGAAGCAAAGCGGCUAGUAAGCCUGAUCUUUAUUAAACUGUUGCAACAGGGUCCCCACUCACCACACGCAGGAGGGAGAGAGAACCUCGAACAAUGGUGCGCAAGCCCUUAUACAGUGGUACCUCUGGUUACAUACGCUUCAGAUCACAGACUCUGCUAACCCAGAAAUAUUACCUCGGGUUAAGAACUUUGCUUCAGGAUGAGAACAGAAAUCGGGCAGCAGUAGCGCGGCAGCAGCAGGAGGCCCCAUUAGCUAAAGUGGUGCUUCAGGUUAAGAACAGUUUCAGGUUAAGAACGGACCUCCAGAACAAAUUAAGUACGUAACCAGAGGUACCACUGUAUAGACUUUUGAAAUUGCCCAAGACCACCCCAAAAAACAUCAUACAUACAUCAUAGAAGGAGGCGGUCUACAGCAGAAAUCCUGUCUGCCAGGAUACCUGACAAUGGUCACUGAUUCCUUUACCUGGGCAGCCUGACCAUUCCUGUGUGAUGGUAACUACUUUAGUUCCUGAAUCCAGUCCACAGGCUCACUGUAUGCAUAUACAAAUAUGCCCCUAAGACAGGUAAGCAAAAGACAGUGGAGAGGCUUUCCCAUUUCCUUCCCCCUUCAGAGAAAUAUUGGCGAAUCAAACUGGCUUCAGGAUUGUUCUCCUGUACUAUUUCAGACAUGUGGUUUAUAUACUUAUGUAUAUGUUUGCCUUGUACGUUUAUGAGCAUUUAUUUUAUAUUUGGGACCUUAGAAUUCUUAUAACAAAGGUGCUACAAGACUCUGCUGGUUUCUCAACAGGUACGUGUUUAUCAUCCAGAAGGGCUACCAGGAGAGCGAGUCGGGCCCAGAAAGCUCCGUCAUCACUAAAGUGAAGGGUGUCAGUCGCUCUCAGCACAAGGUCUGGGAUGUGGAGGAAUAUGUGAAGCCUCCAGAGGUGAGCACGCGAGAGCGCCCUCUGCAGACAGGGCGAGGAACACACACCUGAACUCAGCGGCGGAAGAAACACAGGGAUGUUGCUUCCGGAUUACGGGAGGCAAAAGGAGACAAAUGGGUGUCCUCCUGUCAGGGGUGCCAACUCGAAUAGAAUAUUUGGGGGGGCUGCAUAAUCAAUCACAUGACAUGACACACGCGUACCAUUUGCAUGGCAAUGCCCAGUAACUUGGGGUGGCCCAGCACCCUCACCUAUUAUAUUGGGGGUGUGUGUGUGAGGGGACUCCAAGGAGUUGGCUCCUAGGCCUCCAGGUGGUUCUGGACUACAACUCCCAUGAUUCCUGAUGUGGCCACAGGCCCUGCUGGCUGGGACUGAUGCAUGCUGGGAAACCCGGCCUCUGCAGGGCACCACAAUCGUUCUCCCCGAUGAUAAGGUCUCCAACAAUGCCAUGUCAUAAAAACCUGUGUGGGACUGUGGCGAUCACACAGGGUCCCCGGACGUUUCACCGUCUAUUGAUCCCUGUGCCACCACUUUAUUUCUUGCUGCCACCACCCAGGCCCUACCUGGUACAAUACUGAGUCCAGCCAGGGUUAAAUUGGAACAUAAACUUCUGUUUAUUUAUUGCAGUUUAACAAGCGUGUGGUUUCAUAAAUGGUAUCGGUCCAUUACAAUUAUGGGGUGCCUAUCCAGACCUAUAACUUCCGCUACCUGCUCUUACUCACUAAACCACAUCUCAGAUAUUUACUUGUCUUCCUAGCCUCUAACUGUUCCUGACUCAGCUUAUUUCGCUACACUAACUCAGCCUACCCACAGACUCUAUCCCAAUUCACUCCCACUCCAACCAACCACCCAAUUCCCAACGAACUCUCCCUUCGCCCCUCCCAGAGCUGGUUUUAUAGUCCCUCUGACUCCACCCCCUGGGUUCUGAUUGGGUAACCUGUUUAACUAUUUCACCUCCAGCACUCUCCUAUGUUAACGUCACAGGGACAUCGUGUAGAGCCUUUGGGGCAAAAAUGGAACAAAUGAUCUGCCUCCAGAACCAUUCUUUUUUGGAGGGGAGGGGGACUCCAGAACCCUUUUUUGGGGGGGGGGAGACUCAAUUAUGUUUACUGGGUAACUCAAAUAGGGAGAGUGCUGUGUACUUAGGUCCUGCCUGCAGGCUUUUCACUGAGGCAGGGCCAGCCCAACCAUGAGGCAAGUUGAGGCGAUUGCCUCAGGUGGCAGAAUCCACAGGGGCAACAAAUCCUAACUGUAUCUUUAUUCCCCCUUUGUAGAUCAUCACUCACCUCUUCUUACCUGGUGGGAAAGGGACACCCAUUUUGUGGUUUGCCUCAGGUUCCAAAAUGUCUUGAGCUGGCCCAACACUGAAGUAUCUGUUUGGUCACUGUGAGAACUGCAUGAUGGGCUAGAGGGACCCCUUCCCCCUUUUAGCCUGAUCCAGCAGCCAGGUUCUCUUCUCAUGUUCUUCAAGUGCCCAGGAUUCUCACGAGGCUGAUUGGUUGGAUGCUUUGCCCACAAACACCUUUGGUGAAGCAUCAUGCAUACAUCACAGAUACAUCAUAGAUAUGUCACAAACAGGGAAGGGUCAUCUGGCAGAAACUGGUUCAUCAGGUUUGCCUCUAACCCUCCCUUGCUCUCCACCUUACACCCAUCCAGUGAUACAAUGGAAAUAUUUACAAGUUCCUGGUUUUCCAGGCCAGGUAAUCUCACUUCUUUGUCCAGACUGAGAGCUAAUCCAUUCCUGGACGGUUUGCUAUUUUCCAUGGGAUGACUACCUGUCUGGCACCCAUUUGCCAGGAUGCCAGUAAUUCUCUCUUGUGCUGGGGCUGCUACGUACAUGAUCCCAGGUUUCAGGGAUUAGGGCUGUCUUUACUCAUUUCCCAAGUUUCCCCUUGGCAGCCAUUCCUUUCCCUGAGUCAAAUGAAAUUGGAAUGGUGUGGUGUCGUGCGUUAUGUGGUGCUUUGAGGAGACAUUGUGUGUGUGAACAAAGAGGGCGGGUUGCACACUGUGUGCUGGAGCAGCAACCCCCCCCCCAUCAUUAUAAAAAUUCGUGUAACACCUCUAACUCUCCGUCUCGUCUGCAGGGAGGCAGUGUUUUCAGCAUCAUCACCCGCGUCCAAGUCACCCCCUCACAGACUCAGGACACCUGCCCUGAGGUAGGAAUUGGCCGUGCCAAAUAUUUCACAUCCCUGAUUGGCUAUCCGCUUCCCGAUUCCUUUAUCUCAAAAGUUUGCCCGUUCAUCAAAAGAGGCACUACGAAGCAUCCUGUCGAGGCAGAUGUUGUGCCCCAGGAACUGUGAAUCUUGCUGUGCUUCUAACUGUGCGAUUAUUCAGGGAGGCAGGAUAUAUUGUUUAUUAAUAUCCUUCCUAACUUGCGCUAGCAAGUUCCUUAACUUAGCAGAGUUUUACCCCCCCCCCCUUUUAAACUCACAGUGGAUAACUGGUUGCAGGCUUGUGUAAGCCUCUCACUGUUAGGUUCCUGGUAAGUUCCCUUAUAUCUCUCUUAAAAGAAUAAACACACCACAAUCUUGUGUAAAGUAUAUAAAAGUUGUUUACUCACAUCAGUUGGAUCCCUGAAGGCAGACUUAGUUACAAAGCAUAUACAUGUGGAUCUAUCCCAUAUUGGGAUAAUCCCAGUGUUGGCUGGAAGCCAACAGAGCAUCUCUAGCUAAAAAGCUGCUCCAACGAUGGAGGAAGUCAAAGAGAGAGUGUGUGCAGCGUGCCCUGCCCUUUUGUUACCUGGACAGGUAAGGUCAUGCCCACCUCUAGUCACAUGCAAAGGAAGGAUGUCUCAGCCAGGAGGAAACAGGGAGUUUUCGACUGGCUGGACCAAACAUUCCCCCGCAUGUCCACUCUAGGAAAACAAGGAAUGUUGUACUUGACUGCUACUUAUGUAUCAUAUCCCACACUAACUACUCUCUCUUGUCCGCCUUUUGCAGAAUAUGAGGGCUCUGUGCCGCUCUGACAGGGACUGCCAUGCAGGAGAGAUGGAUAUGCUGGGGAAUGGUGAGCAAUGGGGUUGUCUCGUGACAGGAACCGGCGUGACUCAGGCUCUAAGCAAGCGAGUUGUGAAAUCCCUAGCUUGGCUCUCUCCUGGGUUUUUAGCCAUUUAUUUCUUUUCUUGCAUCUGUACUCUGCUUUUCACCUGUUGUGGAACCUUGGGUUGUUCCCAGGUGUGCAUGCAAUUCCCAGGUGGCCACCCAUCCAGGCACUGAGCAGGUUUAGACAUUCAGCAAGGUGGUGCCUCUCCAGACCAUGUCUUGGGACCCACAACUACAAACUUCCCAAUCUUAUACCUUCCAGAUGUUCUUGAACUACAACUCCUACCUUCCAGAUGUUCUUGAACUACAACUCCUACUAACCCCAGCCAGCAACAUCAUUUGAGACUACAACUCCAAUCAGUCCCAGCCAGCAACAUCAUUUGUGACUAGAACUCCUAUUAGCCCCAGUCAGCACAGCCAUUUGGGACUACAACUCCCAUCAGCCCCAGCCAGCAACAUCAUUUGUGACUAGAACUCCUAUUAGCCCCAGUCAGCAAAGCCAUUUUGGACUACAACUCCCAUCAGCCCCAGCCAGCACCAUCGUUUGUGACUACAACUCCUAUUAGCCCCAGUCAGCACAGCCAUUUGGGAUUACAACUCCCAUCAGCCCCAGCCAGCAACAUUAUUUGUUACGACAGCUCCUAUUAGCCCCAGUCAGUACAGCCAUUUUGGACUACAACUCCCAUCAGCUCCGGCCUCCGCAGCUGCAUGACACUAUGGCUGAUGGGAGCACAGCUACCCUGGCUGGGGUUGCUGGGAGUUGUAGUUCAAAACAUCCAGCAGUUACUAGGUUGGGGAAGGCUUUCUAGUGCAGAAACCAUUCUCCCAGAUGCCAUUCCUCCUGGCAAUAUUGAGGUGACAACACCCCAUCAGGCUCAAAAAAUGUGGUUGUGGGGUGGCCAGCUUUCACCUGUGCCCCUGUUCUUUCAUUCCUUAUAGGAGAGAAGACAGGGCGCUGUAUCUCCUAUAACUACAGCAUGAAAACCUGUGAGAUUAGAGCUUGGUGCCCCGUGGAGGACGCAGCAUCUGUCAGGUAAGGAGGGACAUGGAGAUAAACAGAGAUAAUAACAAUAACAAUAACAAUAACAAUUUAUUAUUUAUACUCUGCCCAUCUGGCUGGGUUUCCCCAGCCACUCUGGGCAGCUCCUAACAGAAUUAAAAGUGCAAUAAAACAUCAAACAUGAAAGACUUCCCUAAACAGGGCUGCCUUCAGCAGGGGCGGAGGAAGGGAUGUGUGGUAGGUGCAGGCCGCCCCGGGUGUCACCACUGAGGGGGGUGACAAAAUGCCAGGUGGCUCUCACCUCAGGGCCUGCAGCGCACCUGAGCCACGCAUCCCUCCUGGGAGAGACACGGUGGCUUAGGCUCAUGCAGGCUUUGCGCUGCCCAAAUGGUCUGCCUGCUGCCUCCCCCCUAGCUGUAGGGCAGCUGAGUGGGAGGAGGCAGGCAGACUCCAGAGGUCCUGCGGUGUGCCCCACCCCUACGGGCAGCUCACCCCACCCUGGGCGUGCGGCCCCAGGCACCCAAGCGGCUUCCUCCACUGCUGGCCUUCAGAUGUUUUCUGAAAGUCAAAUAGUUGUUUAUUUCCUUGACAUCUGAUGGGAGGGCGGGCGCCACUACCAAGAAGGUCCUCUGCCUGGUUCCCUGUAACUUCACUUCUUGCAGUGAGGGAACCCCAGAAGGCCCUCAGAGCUGGACCUCAGUGGCUGAACAAUGGGGGUGGAGACGCUUCUUCAGGUACACUGGGCCGAGGCCGUUGAGGGCUUUAAAGGUCAGCACCAACACUUUGAAUUGUGCUUGGAAACGUAGUGGGAGUCAAUGUAGGUCUUUCAGGAACAGUGUUACAGUGGUACUUCAGGUUACAGACACUUCAGGUUACAGACGCUUCAGGUUACAGACUCUGCUAACCCAGAAAUAGUACCUCUAUUUUUGGUUAAGAACUUUGCUUCAGGAUGAGAACAGAAAUCGUGCGGUGGCGGCGCAGCGGCAGCAGGAGGCCCCAUUAGCUAAAAUGGUACCUCAGGUUAAGAACAGUUUCAGGUUAAGAACGCACCUCCAGAACGAAUUAAGUUCUUAACCCGAGGUACCACUGUAUAUGUGUAUGCUUGUGUGUGUGUGUUUGUGUGUGAGAGAUCUUUUCUACCCUGACUUUAACAGCAGACAUCCUUGUUUCCUAGUGAGAACUUGUCAAAGAUGGCCCCAGAGUUCACCAUCCUCAUAAAGAACAACAUCCAUUUCCCUCGCUUCCGGUUUACCAAGUAAGAGCACCAGCGCAUCCAGGUAGGGUUGGUCACCUGACCCAAGUCCUAGGCCCUUGAAGGGAAGUUCCCAAACUGGGUCCUGAAAUCUUGACCUGCCCAGUGACUGCGAUGCAUGCAGGAUGAUGUCUGAGGGCGGAUUCACCCUUGUGUGUCAACUUGGCUUUUUCUGAUGCACUUUUGCUGUGCCAGAAAAAGUCCAGCAGGAAAUAGGCGGAGAGUUUUUGCUCCUGAUCCUUGUUCCGUCUUCUCUCCAGAGGGAACGUCAAGGACAACGACGACAGCUACCUGAAGAGCUGCACCUUCAACGAAACCACAGGCCUCUACUGCCCCAUCUUCAAGCUGGGCUUCAUUGUGGAGCAAGCGGGAGAGAACUUCACCCAGCUGGCUGAAAAGGUAAAGGUCGUGUAGGAAUGUAGGAAGCUGCUUUGUAGAAAGUCAGGUCCAUCUGGUUCAGAACUGGCCGGCAGCCGUGUCUCUCCAGGGUUUCAGGCAGGCAGUAUCUCCCAAGCCUACCUAGAGGUGCUGCUGGGAAUGGAACGUUGGACCUUCUGCAUGCAAAGAACAUGUUGUAUGUACCCUGAAAGAGAAGUUAGGUUUCUAGUCCUUAUGAUCGUAAGAAAAAUACAGUGGUACCUUGGUUCAGAACCUCAGAUUUGUAUUGAUUUGUAUUGCUUUUGAUCGAUUUAGGUGGGCAGCUGCUCACCUGCCUCCCCCUUGGCUACAUCCAUAGUGGGGCUUACAUGGGCCCCCCAAUAUUUUACAGUGGUACCUUGGUUCUCAAACGCCAUGGUACUCAAACAACUUGGAACCCAAACACUGCAAACCCGGAAGUAAGUGCUCCGGUUUGCAAACUUUUUUCGGAAGCUGAAUGUGCUCCGUUUUGAGUGUUACGCUUCCAUUUUGAGUGUUACACUGAGGUCUGUCUGUUUUUGCUACUUAUUUUGCUUUUUUGUUUUUGUGUCUCUUUUUUUGUUUUGUUUUUGUGACUGUGUGGAACCCAGUUCAGCUACUGACUGACUGAUGUGUGUGACUGCAGUACAUUGUUUAUUGCUUUCACUUUAUGGAUCAAUGGUCUCGUUAGAUAGUAAAAUUCAUGUUCAAUUGCUGUUUUAGGGGUUGUUUUUAAAAGUCUGGAACGGAUGAAUCCAUUUUGCAUUACUUUCUAUGGGAAAGCGCGCCUUGGUUUUGGAAUGCUUUGGUUUUGGAAUGGGCUUCUGGAACGGAUUAAGUUUGAGAGCCAAGGUACCACUGUAGUGCUGAACUAAACAUGUAGAUUAGUAUUCAAAUAGAUCCAAUGAAUUAGUAUUCAAAUCCUUCCAAUGAUUCUCCAGGGUUCCAGGAGUCUUUCCUACCAGGAGAUGCUGGCAGGGAUUGAACCUGGGACCUUCUGCAUGCCAAGCAGGUGCUCUGCCACUGAGCUACCCUUCCGCUAUUGCAUCAGGGGUGCCUUCUUUCCAGCCAGGCCUUCCUGGUGGAAUGUUCUUUCAUGAGCAAGCGGUUAGUGAAGGCCACUCGCCAGUGUGGUGUAGUGGUUAAGAGCGGUGGACUCGUAAUCUGGUGAACCGGGUUCGCUUCCCCGCUCCUCCACAUGCAGCUGCUGGGUGACCUGAAGUCCUUCAGCCCCACUCACCUCACAGAGUGUUUGUUGUGGGGGAGGAAGUGAAAGGAGAAUGUUAGCCGCUUUGAGACUCCUUCGGGCAGUGAUAAAGCGGGAUAUCAAAUCCAAACUCCUCCUCCUCUUCUUCUUCUUCUUCUUCUUCUUCUUCUUCUGAUCUCUUUAAAAGGGCAGAUGAUUUUGCAGAGGAGAGAUGCAGUGCUGGGGCCAGUGCUGUACAUAAUAACAAGGACGGCUUCGGGUUUGAGGAGACUCUUGGCAACAUGCUGCUCACCUGUCAUUCACCCGACGCCUCGCGCCUCCGAGCUUGGAGGCUUGCAUUCUGCACUGAACUUGAACAGUGCCAAAUGCAAUCGAAGGAGUGACUGGGAACAAACUCAGUACCGAAAGCAAGUCGUUUGCUUUUGUCAGGGGCAGGAUCAGAUCAGGAGUGCCUGAGUGGAAGCGUUCUUAACAGGACUUGCGUCGGGCAGCAAAUUUAAACAUUGCUAAAUGCAAGCCCCAUUGCAAGUGUUGAAAACCAACAGCAAACAUCGUCCCUGAAUGUUGGUCAUGCUGGAUGAGGCUGAUGGAACUCCAAUGACCUCUGGAGGGCAGCAGGUUUGAAAGGAUGGCUUAGACAGGGGUCAGCAAACUUUUUUUAGCAGGGGGCCGGUCCACUGACCCUCAGACCUUGCGGGGGGCCAGACUAUAUUUUGGAAAAGAAAAAAAAUGAAUGAAUUCCUAUGCCCCACAAAUAACCCAGAGAUGCAUUUUAAAUAAAAGCACACAUUCUACUCAUGUGAAAACACCAGGCAGGCCCCACAAAUAACCCAGAGAUGCAUUUUAAAUAAAAGGGCACAUUCUACUUAUGUAAAAGCACGCUGAUUCCCGACCAUCCAUGGGCCGGAUUUAGAAGGCUAUUGGGCCGGAUCCGCCCCCCAGGCCUUAGUUUGCCUACCCAUGGCUUAGAACCUCUGUCUGGGUACAGAGGAGAGAAAUUCAAUUCUAUUCAAUUCAAUUCAAAUUUAAGGAGCGCCUGCCUAAUUCACACUUCCCAAAACAACACUCAAACCGAAACAACCGUCCUUUGAAAUUUGCAUACCUGCAGAUUUCCCCUAAAUAACGGGUGCAAAAAAUCGCAAAUGUUAGCUUAAAUAAUGCACAGAAUGCAAACUGUAUAUAUAAUAGGAGGGGGGCAGGAAUCACAUUAAAACGCUGAUGGAUUUUCAUAAAUCACAAACUCGUUUGAAAACACGGAGAACUGAACUUAAGUUUGGAAAAAUUCUCACACUGAGAGAAGCAGAAACUGACGGAUUUGCCCGUCGUCAUAUCUUCUGGCAGCUUGGCAAGUUUGCCCCCUUUGGAAGCUCCAGCCUGAUGCUUCCUGCUCCACAACCCCCGCCAACUUGUGGGAUGCCCACAACCUCCCUCAGGUUGCCAAUUCCGGGUAGCUGGCCGCCCUCUAAUUGCCUUUCUCUUCAUAUCAAUCAGCCCCAAUCGACUCUCAUCGCUCUCCUGGGAUGGAGGGUAUAUUAUCGGUUGCUUCAGUGAAGCUCAUCUCUCAGCCAUCCCGGCUGCUCCUAAUCCCCGUGGGAUUAGCUCUUCGGCUAGAUGGACUCCACACUCUUACUUACCCCAGCAAGGAUUUCAUUGACCAGCGGAGUAAUGAAGUGGGGCAGAGAGUCAGUGUGGCCUAGUGGUUAGAGUGCUGGACUAUUGCCUGGGAGAGCAGGGUUCAAAUCCCCACUUGGCUGUGAAGCUCUCUAGGUGCGACCUUGGGCCAGUCGUAGGCACAUGAGAAGCUGCCUUAUAGCGAGCCAGACCUUUGGUCCAUCUAGCUCCAUAUUGUCUACACUGACUGGCAGCAGCUCGCCAGGAUUUCAGGCAGGGGAGUCUCUCCCAACCCUACUGGAGAUGCUGGGGACUGAACCUGGGACCUCCCUCAUGCAAGACAGGUGAGCUGUGGCCCUUUCCCAGUUGCUUGCUCUCAGCCUUGCAGGGUUGCUGUGGAGAUAAAAUGAGGAGGAAGAGAACCCCAUAUGCCACUUUGAGCUCCCUGGGGUGAAAAAGGUGGGAUAUAAAUGCAAUAAACAAAUGCUACCAGGGUGUGAGGGGCAGUAGAUUCCGUAUCAACAGGAUUGAAAAUGAAACUGCCGAUAUCCUAAGGCCACCAUACAAAUCUAUGGAGCAGCUGUGCUGGGAAUAUGGUGUGCCAUUCUAGUCACCUCUCCUCAACAAGGAUACUGUAGAGUUGGAGAAGUUUCUUUCUUUUUAUUUUUUGACAAUAUAAUAAAUAAAUAAAUAAAGUGCACCCCACCACCGAGACCAUUCCAUUGUUACCAUCUGACCUCCCAAAAUUUCAACACCUCUUGCAGUAAAAGGUAAAGGUAAAGGGACCCCUGACCAUUAGGUUCAGUCGGACCGACUCUAGGGUUGCUUUACUCAUCUCGCUUUACUGGCCGAGGGAGCUGGCGUACAGCUUCUGGGUCAUGUGGCCAGCAUGACUAAGCCACUUUUGGCAAACCAGAGCAGCGCACGGAAACGCCGUUUACCUUCCCGCCAGAGUGGUACCUAUUUAUCUACUUGCACAUUGAUGUGCUUUUGAACUGCUAGUUGGGCAGGAGCAGGGACCGAGCAACGGGAGCUCACUCCGUCGUGGGUAUUUGAACCGCCAACCUUCUGAUUGGCAAGCCCUAGGCUCUGUGGUUUAACCCACAGCGCCACCCAUUUGGCCCUUUUCCGUUUUAACAGUACAAAUUCUACAAACACCCUCUGUAUCUCCUCAAAAUCAUUUCUCCGGCAUAUUCCCCAUCUUACCUUAAUGGCACAUUUUAAUUUUUCAUUAAUAGCUAUAUCCCACACCUCUUUAUACCACCUUUCCAUUUUAGAGGAAGAAGGGCCUUCUUGGUGGUGGUGCCCACCCUGUGGAAUGCCCUCCCAUCAGAUGUCAAGGAAAUAAACAACUAUCUGACUUUUAGAAGACCUCUGAAGGCAACCCUCUUUAGGGAAGUUUUUUAAUGUGUGAUGUUUUAUUCUGUUUUUAAUCUGUUGGGAGCUGCCCAGAGUGGCUGGGGAAACCCUGCCAGAUGGUGGGAUAUUAACAACAACAACAACAACAACAGUAUAUUAUAUUCUGCUUGCCCCUUCUACUUCCUAGCUAUAAUAAUUAGUGCAGCUGUCAAUAAAUUUGUGAGCAAGUCCUUUGUAACCUGUGAACCUUCCACCCCAUCUUAAAUUGAUGAUAAUGCUACCUCUAGACUUUCGGUCAGCUUUAACCCAGUGAUUUCUGUUAUUCCCUUAAACACCCUUUGCCAAAAAAUUGUACAUAUUUACACUCCCACCACAUGUGAAAAUAAUUCCCUGUUUCCUGGCAUCCCCUCCAACAUAGCACCAAAUAUUCCUUGUUUAUUUGAUUUAAUCUGAGUUGGAGAAGUUUCAACCAAAACGAUCAAGAGCUUGGAGCAACUCCUGUGCAAGGAAAGUCUGCAGCCUUUGGGACUUUUUAGUUUAGAGAAAAGGUAAGAGGCGACAUGAUGGAAUCUGAUAAAAUUACGCACAACUUGGAGAGAGCGGACAGAGAAAAGUUUCUCUCUCUCAUAACACCAGAAUUCGUGGACACCUCAUGAAGCUGAAUGUUGGAAAAUCAGGACAGAUAAAAGAAAGAACUUCGCCGUGCUGCACUGUGUUAAACUGUGGAACUCACUGCCACAGGAGGCAGCAGUGGUCACCAACUUGGAUGGCUUUAAAAGAGGAUUGGACAAAUUCAUGGAGGAUAAAAGGCUCUCACCAGCUCCCAGCUACCCUGGCUGUGCACUACCUCCAUUGACAGAAGCAUCAUGCCUUUAAAUACCAGCUGCUGUGAACCGCAAAGUGGGAGGAUGCUGUUCAAUUUGGGUCCUGCUCCUGGGCUGCCCAAAUGUGCUUCUGUUUGGCCCAUGGGAGGAGAGCAGGAAGAUGGGAAAAGGCAGGUUGUUGGCCUGAGCCAAGAGUACUAUCAUCAAAUUGCAUUUUAUGAUCCCUUUCUGCAAACUCGCACCUCCACUUUCUUUUCUUUUUUUUUAAUUGCUUUAUUGAUUGGAAAGAAAGAAAAAACAGUCAACAAAGAAAAAAAACCAAAGGAUGAUACAAAUUACCAAAAAAUACAUUAAUUUCUUACAACACAACUUCUAUUAUGACUUCCAGUCACUCCAGCGAGAGUCCCAGGUUUCUGUUGAGUAGCCCAAUUUUCAUUAUCCCUUCAAACUUCUCCCAAAUUUUGGGUCUAGGUGUUUGGAAAGAGGUCCUCUCCCUUUGCUGACCCCGCUUUCCCUUGGCAGGGCGGCGUGAUUGGGGUGAUCAUUAACUGGAAUUGCAACCUGGACCUGCCGGAUACGAUGUGCAACCCCCGCUAUUCCUUCCGCAGGCUGGACCCCAAGUGGGCCCAGGCCUCCUCUGGAUACAAUUACAGGUAACAGCACAUCCUUGUUCUGGAAGGAAAGGCUCCAGCUGUUUUGCUAUCUUGGCAAAGGAGGAUCCCUUACUUGUGUUAUAAGAAAAAGCUGUUCCUUUUCCCUUCUGGGGUAUCCAAGAGCCCAUAUAGAGUCCUUAAGUGGGUUCCCUAUCGGUAGGAGAAAAUAACAGAGGCCAACUAUAUUGAGAAGCAAAGCGGCUAGUAAGCCAGAUCUUUAUUCAAGGAACAACGGGGUCCCCACUCACCACUCGCAGGAGGGGGGAGGAACCCAGAACAAUGGUGCGUAGGCCCUUAUAUAGACUUCUGAAAUCGCCCACCCUGUAGCCCAAGACCACCCCCCAAUACAUCAUACAUACAUCACAGAAGGAGGCUGUCUACAGCAGAAAUCCUGUCUGCCAGCAUACCUGACAAUGGUCACUGAUUGCUUUACCUGGGCAGCCUGACCAUUCUUGUGUGAUGGUUAAGACUUUAGUUCCUGAGUUCCAGGGCACAGGCUCACUCUAUUCAUACACAAAUACACCCUUAAGACAGGUAAGCAAAAGACAGUGGAGAGGCUUUCCCAUUUCCUUCCUCCUUGCAGAGAAAUAUUGGAGGUCAAUUUGGGAGAGUCAAACUGGCUUCAGGAUUGCUCUCCUGUACUAUUUCAGACACGUGCUUUAUAUAUUUAUGUAUGUGUUUGCCUUGUACAGUGGUACCUCAGGUUAAGAACUUAAUUCGUUCUGGAGGUCCGUUCUUAACCUGAAACUGUUCUUAACCUGAAGCACUACUUUAGCUAAUGGGGCCUCCUGCUGCCGCACAAUUUCUGUUCUCAUCCUGAAGCAAAGUUCUUAACCUGAGGUACUAUUUCUGGAUUAGUGGAGUCUGUAACCUGAAGUGUCUGUAACCUGAAGCGUCUGUAACCCGAGGUACCACUGUACAUUUGUGAGCAUUUAUUUUGUAUCUGGGACCUUAGAAUUCUUAUAAUACUUGUAUUGUUUGUGUUGGUGGGAUGUAUUGGUGCAUUUCAGUGGUGUGUGGUGAAACUUUUCGUAGGGCCAGAGGUGCCAGCAUGCAAUGGUGAUUGGGGAGGGCAGAAGCUUCCUGUGCUUUGGGAAGGACACGCCAGGCCUCUGACAGGAUUAUGGAGCCCUGCUGCCUCCUUUCCAAAGCUGGACAGGCUUUGGGAAGAUGGCAGGAGAGCUCUUGGACCCUGUCGGAGCAUCAUGCCUCUUCCCUAAGCCAGGCAGAAGCUUCCUGGGCUCCGGGAAGAAGGCACCAGGCUUUAAUACACUAAUUUACCUGGAACAUUUGGGGGACUAGUCUAAUCCCCCUGGUCCACUGACCAGAUGCCACUGGUGCAUUUGUGUGUGUGUGUGUUAAAUAAUAUUUAUUAAUUUUCAACCGUUUAAACACAACGAAGCAAAAAGACCCCCCAAAAAAAGAAAGAACAAAAAAAACCAAAAAAGAGAAAAACAUAUAACUGACAAAGCAAAACACAAACCAUUUCAAACACAAAACAAUUUCAAUGUCUUAUCUUUCAUUCCCUUAUUUCCACGACCUCCUCACACCUCCCUUUUUGUUUCCCACUUCUAUUAAUUAUUUCAGCAAUUCCUUUCCAUCUUCCUCUGUUUUCUAUCCUAUAAUUAUCUUAACAUAUUCUAGCCUUAUUUUCCCUUUAAUACACUAUUAAUCUAUUUAUACUUGAUUCCUUAUAGCAUUUCUACUAAAGCCAUAUAACUUCAUUCCAACAUGUUUCUAACAUUCAUUAUUUUUACAGUAUUUCUAUAAAUUUAAACUUUUUCCAGUCUUCUUCCACCAACUCUUCUCCCUGGUCUCGGAUUUCUGCCAGUCGUUUCCGCCAAUUCCAUAUAGUCCAUCAACUUCAUCUGCCAUUCUUCCCGAAUGGAUAAAUCUUGUGUCUUCCAGUACUUCACAAUGAGUAUUCUUGCUGCUAUUGUUGCAUACAUGAAACAAAUUCUAUCCUUCUUUAACACCAAUUGGCCGACCAUGCCCAGAAGAAAGGCCUCUGGUUUCUUCGAAAGGGUAUAUUUAAAUACCUUUUUCAUUUCGUUAUGAAUCAUCUCCCAGAGUGUCUUAAUCCUUGGGCAUGUCCACCAAAGGUGGACUCUAAUCCUCAAAUUCUUCUGUUUUUCUUUAAGUUCAGUCAUAGCAAGCGUCAACUUACGUUCAUCCAAUUGCCUCUGUAGGGCUGGGGCUCUCUUUCUCUUUCUCUCCAGUUGUGUUACUUUACCUUCAGCAGCCACAGCUUUUUCCCUGACUUCCUCCACAGUUUGCCAUAUCAAAAUGGGUUCUUGUAUCAAUUUCUGGGUGGUUUCUGUAUUGGUAUUAUUUAUACUUUCUGUAUUUAAGUUAAUUUUGGUAAUUGAAACCUCCACUUUCGCGUUUAUCAUGUCCAUUUUCCUGUGAAGCUGAUCCAAUGAGUCAUUUAUCUUAUAUAAUGCAGCCACUAAAGCCUCUUCUGUCCACAUUUCCUCUUGGUUUUAAAUAUACUAGUACAAAGACAACAACAGAAAGAACCGGAGGGCCUAAUGAUAGACCUCUCCUGGAUUGUUACCAAGUCCUCCCAGACCUUAAUGUUUUGUCAGCAGUUGACUGGUCUGUUUUUCCUCUUCCAUUUACCAUAACGCUUAAAAGAUUCAAGGUCAGUCCCAGAGUCUCACGGUUUUUAACUUGCAGCUGGAAAUUCCCCUAGUCCAGCUCUUGUAAAGCAACCGGUUUCAAAGGCUUCCACUAGGGGUAAACAGUUUCUACUUGUAAUAGUCAAUAGUAUCCUCUUUUAAACAAUCCAAAGUUAGUUUCAAAUUAGUUUCAAUUUUCAGUUACUUUUACUCCUUUUUAAAGCAGCCGGAGACAGUAGAAACAAUGUAUUUCUCUUAUUUAACUAGCUGUCAAUGAACGUUCUAAACGCUGUCAAUGAACAUUCCAAAAGACGUCAGUCCUACUAGCAACCCGUUCCCAGGGUCAGAGCGGCGGUGUUUUAAAUCUCUUCGCUCUCUCCCGCAGGCAUAUUCAAUCCACAACUUCCCCCUCUCUUCUCCUGCCUCCAAGAGAGGGUUUAAUGUUCUUUACCGUUGGAAAUUUGCUCUUUUACAAAAGACCUUCCAAGACUCCAGCUUGCAACUUCAUUGCCUCAGUCUAUUUACAAACGGGGAAGGCGGACUUCCUGUUUUGAACCUCCCCGUUACGGUACCAAAUUAAACAUUUAGAAAUCCAAUUAUUCUGCUUCAGCUCUACUCACGGGUAAUUACUUUAAAGUCAAAUUGUCCACAGGAAAAGGUCAGCGCUCUCCGGCAACAGCUAUGCGGCUUCGCUCCGUGGAAGAAGCAGACGAUUCGAUGCACCGUGCCGCUCACCCCACGUCGCUCCGGAGCCCCAAAAACCAGGGUUCCCCGCGAGUGGGGGAGGCGCAAAAGGUGCCCGCCGAAUCCCACAUUCACAGGCUUCUCCCGCCUGUGAUUUUAACGGGUCUCCGCCUUCGCUGUGGCAGCCAGACCCAGAUUCCCACGGAGCAGAUUCCUCCCGGUCAGAGGAAUUCUGCUUCCGGGGAGGCGCCUCCCCGGAAGCAUUUGUGUGUUUGUGGUGUGGUGUGCAUGGGACAAAUGCAUCUCCUGGCUCGCUUGUACAGGGCCAGAGCCAACUCAAGACAUUUAGCUGCCCGAAGGUGAUCAGAACAGCCUCUUGUUCCACACUGAUCCGUGUAGGGAUAACUCCGCAGGGCAACCCCUUAGCUGUGGAGCUGGAAUUUAGUACCCAGUUUGUUCCAGUCUCCAAUCAGAUGCCUCCAGGAUGCCCACAAGCGGCGCAUGAAAGCCAUAGUCCUCCCACAGUGCUGUUGCUUCCAUGUGGCCACCAUGCUAAACCAGGGGGCAGCAAACUGUUUCAGCAGGGGCCCGGUCCACUGUCCCUCAGACCAUGUGGGGGCCCAACUAUAUUUUGGGAAAAAAAUAUAUGAAUGAGAGCCAGUGUGGUGUAGUAGUUGAGAGCAGUGGACUUGUAAUCUGGUGAACUUGGUUCGUUUCCCUGCUCCUCCACAUGCAGCUGCUGGGUGACCUUGGGCCAGUCACACUUCUCUGAAGUCUCUCAGCCUCACUCACCUCACAGAGUGUUUGUUGUAGGGGAGGAAGGGAAAAGGAGAUUGUUAGCUGCUUUGAGACUCCUUAGGGUAGUGAUAAAGCAGGAUAUCAAAUCCAAACUCUUCCUCCUUUUCUUCUAUGCCCCACAAAUAACCCAGAGAUGCAUUUUGAAUAAAAGGACACAUUCUACUCAUGUAAAAACAUGCUGGUUCCUGGACCGUCUGCGGGCCAGAUUUAGAAGGCGAUUGGGCUGGAUCCGGCCCCUGGGCCUUAGUUUGCCUACCCAUUUGCUAAACAGAUGGACCUCCCUAUUCCUCCUUCAAAUUUGUCUGAUCCCCUUUCAAAGCUCCCCCCACCAAUAGCAGCCAUUCCCACAUCUCACGGCAACCAGAGCUAUGAUGUAAGCAAUAGAAGGAAGAGGGGGUCAUGUAACUUGAGCUGACCUGCGUGCAAGGGAGGGUUUUUCUUUUGCAAAGGGUGUUGCAGGUUCCACAUCAUCCAAGGCCUGGAGCCCCUCUUCCCAGCCCCGAUCUGCUGACAUUAAGACACAUAGCUCUGGGAAGUGGGGGACCUUUUUCAGCUUGAGGGUCACAUUCCCUUCUGGGUGGGUGGGGGGAACAUGCCAGGGCCAGGGCCAAAAGUGGGUGUAGUAGGCUUGUUUCUCCAGCUCCCUAUCAGUCCGCCAUCCACAGAAGCAAGAGGCAUGAUCAGAGUUCAAAGGCGCAUUCUAGUGAGGGGUGUGGCCGGGGGAGGGAAGAGUACACAUACAUUCUGUGACAUCACAGGCGUUCAGCCAAUGAGUGAGUGGAGCAGCACUCACCAUUAUAAUAGUGACCUUUUAAGCUCCAACAUUUUCUACCAGGCGGUGUAUGUUUAGGUGGGGGAAGUAAGUAUUUUCUCAACAGCCUUGCUUGCUGCCAAUGCAGCCAUGCAGGAGGGCCAGGUUUCUCUCUGCCAAGGUUCUGGGCAUUUUAUGGCAGCAGCCAGCCUUGCUCACACCCCUUGCUUUUGACCCCCAGGUUUGCCAAGUACUACAAGCACAGGGGCAAGAGCACCCGCACCUUGAUCAAGGCUUACGGCAUCCGCAUCGAUGUGAUUGUGCACGGGCAGGUAAGGGACAGAGAUGCUUGCUAUAGGAGGGACAUGUUAGAUUUCUGUUUAUGCCACUGUGCAGUUUUUGGAGUCACAAGACUCUGUUUACAUUCCAGACUGUUGGAAGUCUCACGGGAGACGGAAGUUGAUGUUACUGGUUUCCUGUUUCUUUGUAGCAGUUGGUUCACUGUCUCUCACAGAGAGAGGAUGUAUAUUCUUUUCUGUCUGCGUAGUUAGAAAUAAACGUAGCAAUGUAGCUUAUAUAUUUCUCGUCCUUCUGCUGCUGUAUGGAUACUCUGUGUAAUGGGAAAGUGCCUGGAGCCUCAUCAAAGGCUUACGUCGUUAAUCACCGUUGGAGGACAUGUCCGCGGAGGAGUAACUCGAUCGUACGCAAGUUCCGACAAGACAUGGGGCUGUGCUACCGGGAUGCAGGCGCCGAGUUGCAAAAGUAGUUUUCGAAGUAGGGCUUGGGGGGGGGGGGCUGGAGUAACUGUUUUCAGGCUAAGGGCGGCCUUCCCUUACGGGCAAGCUUCAGGAAUCACAUGCCAGUAGAGGUUGGGGUGAAAGGUGAGGUCGGCAGGUACAAGAGAGGUGCAACAGGUACAUCUCUCUCUUACAUCAGGGAUGGCUGUGGUCUAAACCACGGAGCCUCUUGGGCUUGCCGAUCAGAAGGUCCCGCGACGGGGUGAGCUCCCGUUGCUCUGUCCCAGCUUCUGCCAACCUGGCAGUUUGAAAGCAUGCCAAUGCAAGUAGAUAAAUAGGUACCACUGCGGUGGGAAGGUAAACGGUGUUUCCAUGUGCUCUGGUUUCUAUCACUGUGCCCUGUUGCACCAGAAGUGGUUUAUUCACGCUGGCCACAAGACCCGGAAAGCGAGAUGAGCGCCAGGACCCCAUAGUUGCCUUUGACUGGACUUAACCGUCCCAGGGGUACCUUUACCUUUACAGUAGACUACAUUCUGCGGGAGGUUUGUGGGCACUCCUCCAUGCACACCUGUCCCCCACCUGCCAUCCAGGUAAGCAAGCAGCAUGGCCCUGGUUCAAGGACAUGUUCCAGACAUGUCAAAAGCACUAUUAUCGUUAUCAUUUAUUUAUUUACUUUGACUAGCCAAAGCCACUACAAAAGAAAAAAUGCACAAAACAGAGUAGAAGCAGAAUAAAAUGCAUCGCACAGUCAAAAUAGUCAUCAAAACCAGACAUACUGUCACAUCAGUUAAAUUCUUCAAGGUCACUGCAAGCAGGGCUAAUAGCGAUUCUGUCCCUUUCUCCCCUUAGGCAGGGAAGUUCAGCCUUAUCCCCACAAUCAUUAAUCUGGCCACGGCGCUGACGUCAGUGGGAGUGGUGAGUAUCGCAGAGCGUGGCCUCCUCUCUUGCUUCAUUCAGUUUUUUCUUUUCCUGCUCUGGUGUUGAUUAAUCACUCUCCUCCUCCUCCGACAGGGCUCCUUCCUCUGCGACUGGAUCUUGCUGACCUUCAUGAACAAGAACGAAGUCUACAGUGCCCGGAAGUUUGACCAGGUAGCGGGGAGGGUGCCCCUGAAUGGAUGGAACAGAUGGGGCUCAGGCCAUCCGUGAUCCUAGACCCAAAAUGCCCGUGCUCUGUGACAAAUUCCCUGGGGAGCUCUGCCAACCCUGGGCCAGUCGAGAGGGGCAGGAGUUCUCAAAAAGCACCCCUCCCACCUUGGCAGAAAUGGGGCUCUUGUUGGCCAAGCGACAUUCAACGAUGGGCUAUCAAAAGGCACCCAAAUGUUGCUCAGUGCACAGAGGAAAGAGCCCUGGAGGCUGGUCCAUUAGAAGGGAAAUGAGGCACUGCCUCACCAACCUCAGUCCGGUCUCAGCCAGCCCCACGACCUGCCUGCCUCCUUUCUUACAACCAGUCUGGUGUCUCUGCCUGCCAUUGGUUCCACUUCCUGUAUUGCAAGGGGUUGGACGAGAUGAUACUUCAGGUCCCUUCCAACUCUAUAAUUCUGAUUAAAAAACCCCCACCUAUUUAUAUUGCACCCCUCCCUGCGCCAAAGAGCCCCAAGGCCUUUUUCAUCGUUUGUGCUAAGAGUCCUCCAUGCACCUAAAAUGGAACAGUCUGUUCCAUCAUCUCGCUUUCCUGCGAGUGUAGGUCAGGCAGAACCAUUGAGGGGGUGGGGUGAGCAAAGCAGUGCUUUACCCACCUCCCUGCCGACCAGUCUCUAGGUGGCCUCUGGCUGGGUUGGGACUCUGAUCAGUCUUGCAACUUUUAUAAGAAAAAACUGCUCCUUUUCUCUUAUGGGGUAUCCAAAAGCCUGUAUAGAGUCCUCAAGUGGGUUCCCUAUCGGUAGGAGAAAAUAACAGAGGCCAACUAGAGAAUAUUGAGAAGCAAAGCGGCUAGUAAGCCUGAUCUUUCUUAAACUGUUGCAACAGGGUCCCCACUCACCACACGCAGGAGGGAGAACCCUGAAUGAUGGUGCGCAAGCCCUUAUAUAUACCGUAUUUUUUGCUCUAUAAGACACACUUUUCCCCUCCUAGCCCAAGACCCCCCCCCCUAAAAAAACACAUCAUACAUACAUCACAGAAGGCAGCGGUCUACAACAGAAAUCCUGUCUGCCAGGAUACCUGAUAAUGGUCACUGAUUGCAUUACCUGGGCAGUCUGGCCAUUCUUUUGUGAUGGUUAAUACUUUAGUUUCCGAGUUCCAGGUCACAGGCUCACCCUACUCAUACACCAAUACGCUCUUAAGACAGGAUUUAUAACUGAAAAGACAAUUGGAAGGGUUUCCCCAUUUCCUUCCUCCUUGCAGAGGAAUAUUUGAGGUCACCGGGAGAGUCAACAUGGCUUCAGGAUUGCUCUCCUGUACUAUUUCAGACACGUGGUUUAUAUACUUCUGUAUGUGUUCGCCUUGUACAUUUAUGAACAUUUAAUUUAUAUUUGAGGCCUUAGGAUUCUUGUAACACUACUAAUGGCUUGUUCCUUCUCCCACAUCCGGCCAGAUGCCCAAGCUCCAAGAGGGAACUCCGACGACGGACUGCAGUAUCACCGAUUCCUGCACUCAAGCCUCCUCGCCCGCAGACUCCAAAGCGCCCAUCCAUCUCUGAGGGUUCAGGAGCUACUUUCCUGUCCCGUUUUCUCAGGAUGGUCUUCUCUGCAUCUGAUAAAAGGCAGCUUCAUUCUCCUGUGGCCCCUGGCACAAUAAAUCGAGUCGGUCCUGAAGGUGUCGGGAGAGGAGUCUCAUUUUGACCACAAGACCAGUGGAAUUCGUUCUUCUCAGGGUACAAAAACAGCCCUACGAAAUUCCUGAUAGAAUGGGAGGAGCAGGGAGGAACUGAGCCAUUGCAGACCUACAACCUGCCAGACCUGGCUAUAUCCCGGGCAAAGGAAGGACAGCGUUGCUGGAUCAGACCAAAGGCGUAUCUAAUCCAGCAUCAUGUUCUCAACAGUGGUCAACCCAAAGCCUCUUUUGGGAAGCCCACAAGCAGUGCCUGAGUGCAACAGGGCUCUCCUCACCUGUUGUUCUCAGUAGUUGGUACACAAAGGCCCACUGCCUCCGUCUACCAACAUAGCAUGAUCUUCCUUGCCUGGAACUCUAAAGAGCUGCUGCCAGUCAGUGUAAGAGACCCCUGGCCAUUAAGUCCAGUCGUGGCCGACUCUGGGAUUGCGGCGCUCAUCUCGAUUUAUUGGCCGAGGGAGCCGGCAUACAGCUUCUGGGUUAUGUGGCCAGCAUGACUAAGCCGCUUCUGGCGAACCAGAGCAGCACACGGAAACACCGUUUACCUUCCCACCGGAGUGGUACCUAUUUAUCUACUUGCACUUGGAUGUGCUUUCGAACUGCUAGGUUGGCAGGAGCAGGGACCGAGCAACGGGAGCUCACCCCAUCGCGGGGAUUCGAACUGCCAACCUUCUGAUCGGCAAGUCCUAGGCUCUGUGGUUUAACCCACAGUGCCACCCGCGUCCCACCAGUCAGUGUAAACAAGAUUAAGUUAGACAGACCACUAGUCUGACGCAGCCUGUUCUUGUAUGAUUGAAUCCUACCUGAUAAUACCCUUUGUUUUAAAACUGGGCUCAAAACCAGCUAAGCGGAGUCUUCCUUCUCUUGUUUUUGCAGCGCCCCCUCCUCCACAAACGUCCCGGCUUCUGCCAUCAAAACUCACUUCCUCUGUUCCAUUUGGGAAUUGGAAAUGAAUACGUCAUAUAUCAAGCCCACCAGCCGCUUCGCUCGACGGCAGGCGUUUGACCUAGCUAAGUGCUCACAGAGAAGCGCUAAGUCAAUUAGAAAACCAUUCAGAGGUAAUUGAGCCAGCUCGGGGGAAGAUAUUUCUCCCCCUAAUCAGAUUGCCCACCUCUUCUGUUCCCAGAGCAAAUCCCAACACAUUAUAGGCUCCCCUCAACCCCAUUAAGGAGAGAACAGCAGCUGACAAUAAUUCUCCGGUUCCCUCCGCUCCCCUCCCAGCAAAUAUAAAAAAUUCAGUAUCUUUGUGGGGGGGGGGAGUGUGAUGUUAUUCCAGAGGCAGCAAGUGGGCAUUGCAAGACCCCUGGAAAAGCAGCAGCAGGCAGGCUCUCUGGGAACAAAUUUCAGAAGAGGGGGAGAGUCCUUUUGGGCUUGGGGUCCUGCUUGUGAGUUUCAUUUUUAAAACUAUUUUUAUCGAAAGUUUUCAACAUAUGAGACAAUAAAAACCAAGCAACUAUAAAAAAGGAAUAUAAACCCCCUCCUCUCAACUGCAUCAUAUCCUUUAUCCAUAGUCAUACAUGGGAUCUCAAAUGCCUUGGCUCUCGAACAAAUUGGCUCCUGAACGAUCGAAACCCAGAAGUGAGUGUUCCAGUUUUUGAAUGAUUUUCAGAAGCCGAACAUCCGGCACGGCCUCCGAUCGGCUGCAGGACACUCCUUGGUUUUCGAACGGUUCCGGGAGUUGAACCGACUCCUGGAAUGCAUUCUGUUCGAGAACCAAGAUACAACCGACUACAGAAAAGUAGACCUUUUCAGAUCUCACCUGGGAGUUUCUUUCUAUCCUGUUGCUCAAACACAGAGCCCACCUGUCUGAGCUUUCUUUGCAUGUCCUCGUCAAUCCAAAACAGAGGACUGUUAAAAUUAAAGAUAAAAAAGAAACAAUGCAGAAAAAGAGAGAAAUAAAAGAUACAGAAGAGAGAGAGGGAGAGAAAGGAAAGAGAGAGGGAGAGAAAGGAAAGAGAGAGGGAGAGAGAAAGAUACUUCCACCUCUCUAUCUUCCAAUUAUAUAUAUUACAAUUACUCAAAUUAUUUAGUCCAUACACUCCAGGGUAGUUCCUUGUUGCGCAUAAUACCCAGUUUUUCUCCUAAAUGGCAUUUUCUCAAAUUUUUCAUCCUAGGCCUCCAGAAAAUCACUUUUGUCACUCAGCCAGCCCAAUAUAACUUUUCUUGCCAUAAUGAGCACCUGGUUGGCCAUUGUGAGAAUGGGAUGCUGGACCAGAUGGAGCACCGGCCUGAUCCAGCAGAGCUCUCCUUAUGCCCUGAAGGCGAUGGAAACAUACUUGCCGGACUUUUCCCCCUGAGGAAGAAGUCCCUUGGCAUCCUCUCCGCAGGUACCCAAAAGGAGACUGCGGGCGAAGAUUUUCCCCUCCACACCGAGUAA